GCCAUUUACGGCCCAGAUAUGAGACUUCCCUCAAACCUCCACACAGUCUAAGGAAAAAUAUGACAGUAGUACACGGUGGUUCUCGCGGUGGACUGGUGUUUCCAAUCAAUUACGAAGAGGAGGUUUCUCAAAGACUCGUCGAUGCUUUACAUGGAAAUGAUUUUAAGUUGGCGUCCGAGUGUUUAGCCGAUCCUUUUGUGGACGUCAACUUUAUUGGAACAGUGAGCUUGAAGUCCAAGAAGACUGAGAUUUUGUUGCAUGAAGAGGCGGCGCACCAAGUUCUUGUCGAUUAUGAGGAGUUUAAGACCGAAGUUACGCCCUUGUUUCUUGCUGCUCAUGUUGGAAACAUGUUUCUCGUUAAAAAGUUGCUGAGUCUAGGAGCUAACGUGGACCACAAAUUGUUUCGAGGCUAUGCUACCACAGCGGCGACCAGGGAAGGUCAUAUGGAUGUCCUGGAGGUGCUCCUCAAUGCCGGUGCUUGUCAAGCAGCAUGCGAGGAGGCGUUGCUGGAGUCAAGCUACCUCGGGUAUGCAAAACUCGCUAAGCGGUUAAUGGCGACCGACAUGAUUCGCCCGCAGGCUGCCUUACGAGCACUCGUAUCUGCUUGUUGCAGGGGGUUUGUUGAUGUUGUUGACAUGCUUAUCAAGUGUGGAGUAGAUGCCAAUGCAACUGAUAGGCUGCUUCUUCGAUCUUCCAAGCCUUCUCUAUACACAAAUAUCGACUGCAAUGCACUAUCUGCCACUGUCAUUUGUAGACAGACCUCUAUUGUUAGAUCACUUUUGCUGGCUGGCAUCAAGAUGGACUUAAAGGUGAGGGUUGGAGCCUGGUCUUGGGAUAUUGAUACAGGCGAAGAAACUAGGGUCGGUGCUGGACUAGCUGAUGCUUAUUCCAUCACAUGGUGCGCUGUCGAGUACUUUGAAGUCAGUGGUUCCAUCUUGCGGUUGCUGCUUCGACACAUCUCCCCAAACAGCCUUCACUGUGGCAGGACCCUCAUCCACCAUGCCAUCUUAUGUAACAAUGCAUCAGCUGUUGAAGUGCUUCUGAAUUGCGGUGCCGACAUAGAAUUUCCAGUUAAAACAACUUCCAAAACAGCAUUACGCCCCAUACAUUUGUCUGCGAAACUAGGAUUUGUUGAAGUUCUUCAAUGCCUAAUUGUAGGUGGUUGUGAUAUCGAUUCUCGAACAGCUUUUGGAGAUUCCGCGCUUAUGAUUUGUGCUAGAUACAAACAUGGGGAUUGCCUUAAAGUACUGGCCUCAGCUGGGGCUGACUUUGGAUUGGUAAACUCCGCUGGCCAAAGUGCAAGCUCCAUUGCAGGGUUAGCCAGAUGGAAUCAUGGCUUCCAGCAAGCAGUUCAAGAUGUGAUUCUAGCCGGGAAGACACCUCAAUCAAGCAACCCCUCUGUAUUUUCUCCUUUGAUGUUCACCGUCCAUGGAAAUGAGAUUGAAGCUUUGAAGAAACUCCUUGAAAAGGCAGAUGUUGAUCUUCAUGAACAAGAUGACGAUGGAAAUUCAGCUCUGAUGAUUGCUGCAUCAGAAGGCCAUUUGGAAGCCUUUGAGUUGCUUCUUCGUGCUGGUGCUAAUAUAAAGUUGUCUAACAAAUACGGUGAUACUGCCAUAAGCUUAUUGGAGUUAAACCAGAAGGGCGAUGUAUUCGACCAGCUAAUGUUGGAGUAUGCACUUGAAGACGCAAAUGGUCCCAUUGGGUUUUAUGCUCUACACCGUGCGGUAAAACGCGGAGACCUGAAUUUGGUUCACAUAUUAACUAGUAGAGGCUACGAUGUUAAUGCAUUCGAUGCUGAUGGAUACACUCCACUAAUGCUAGCAGCAAGAGGAGGUUAUGGUGGAGUCUGUGAGCUUCUAAUCUCUUGUGGUGCAAAAUGCAACAUCGAAAACGCAAGGCACGAAACAGCUCUAUUGCUUGCGAGGAAAAAAGGGUAUGGAAACGAUGCGGAAAAUAUCAUUCUGAAUGAGCUUGCUCGAGCUCUGGUUGUGGAUGGAAGCCAAGUGAAGAAGCACACUAGGGGUGGUAAAGGAUCACCUCAUAGCAAAGUACUGAGGAUGAUGGAGACCAGAGGCAUUCUGCGAUGGGGCAAAUCAAGUAGGAGAAAUGUGAUAUGCAAAGCAGCGGAUGUCGGUCCAAGUGAAAAAUUCCGAUGGAACCGGAGAAGGAAGUUCGAUGUGGAAGAAUCGGGAAUGUUCCAUGUGGUGACUACAAAGAACAAGGAGGUGCAUUUCGUGUGUGAUGGUGGGAUUCAAAUGGCUGAACUGUGGGUGAGAGGGAUUCGACUUGUGACAAGUGAAGCCAUUUUUGGCAAACAAAAACAACUGUAAUUCUUGCUGAUCAAAUGAAAUUUUAUUCGAUGUUACU